GCAUCCGCGACUGGGGUGUGGCCAUGGCAGUGACUCUGGGGUGCACGGAAUUUCUGUUGACUGGACCGACGGCUUCUAAGGUGGAUACUGGAAGCAGCUUCAAAGGCUUUCUAUACUUGGCUGGCUUCCUUCUCUUAGAUGGAUUGACCUCAACUUUCCAAGAGAAGUUGUUUAGGGAGCACAAUACCACCAAAUACAACCAGAUGAUGUACAUCAACUUGCUGUCCGCUUGCGUCUCUGCGGUGACCUUGAUGUGCACAGGGCACAUGCUACCGGCCAUCACUUUUGGUAUUGAACACCCAAGAUUCUUCGUCGAUAGUGCCUUUUUGAGCGGUGCAGCAGUGGCCAGCCAGUGGUGCAUCUACUCCCAGAUCAAGGAGUUUGGUGCUUUGGUCUUCGCAGCCACGAUGAAUGUGCGACAGGUGGUCUCCAUUUUGGUGUCUUAUCUGAAGUACCACAACCCUGUGACUGGUUUCCAGAUCAUUGGCUUUGUGGCCAUUUUCUCUGCCCUCUUCUACAAAUCUCUUGCAUCAAUUCUGGACAGCAAAAACCCUGAGAAGAAGCCACUUCUGAUUGGAGAGAAGAAAAUCAUGGAGGACAUCGAAAAGAAGUGAACUACCCCAACUGGCAAUGCACGCAAUGCGAGCUGGUCAUGGCCCUUUUUUUGAUCCAUUUGGCGCUAGUGCAAUUUCGUAUCAUCUAGUUCCCUG